AAAAUGAAAGUGAAAUGGACAAAAUUAGGAAUGGUCUUCUUUCUGCUUCUGUCCCUUGUUAUGACGGGCUGUUUCAUUUGGCAGUACAGGCUUCCCAAAUCAAAACCAGUGGAUGAAACAGUUUCAGUAGAAGUGAAUGAAGAGGAGAUGUGCCCACGGUUUCCUGAGCCUGUGCCAUUGGAGCACCCGAUACCUGUCCUGAUGGAGGCUCUGGAGAAGGUGGAUGUGCUUUUGAGGACCAGCAUCAAUGCCACCAGACUGCCGUCCAUAUCUGCCAUUGUAAUAUUUAAUGAUUCUGUAUUGUGGAAUGGUAACUUUGGCAAAAGGAAUGAAAGUGACUCCACAUCCCCACCACCAAAUGAGUACACAGUCUACAGAAUUGCAAGCCUUUCGAAAAUCUUCCCCACACUGAUGCUGUAUAAACUUUGGGAAGAUGGAAAGGUGGAUUCCCUGGAUGACCCUCUGGAAAAGUAUAUGAAAACCUUUACAAUAAAGAACCCUUCAGGGAAAAGAAGAGAUCAUGGCCUCAAAUCUGUCUCUGAUGAUAAAGAUGCUCAAAUCCAAACCCCCUCAGUCACACUGAGAAGGAUGGCCAGUCAACUGUCAGGUUUACCGAGGCGUCUCAGGUCGACUACGUUACUGUGGAAAGGAACCACUCAGACCGCUGUUAACUUAUUACAGGAUGAUGUUCUUGUGGCUGACCCUGGAACGAAAUGCCACUACAGCAACUUGGCCUUCUCCCUGCUGGCCCACGUGAUGGCAGAAAAGGUGGCAGGAACAGAUUAUCAGAGCUGGGUGUCUGAAAAUAUCCUGCAACCGCUAGGAAUGGAGGAUACCAGCUUUGAAAUCACCCCCGAGAAGGAGAGCCAGAUGGCAGUAGGUGUGUACUCUAGUGGCCUGCCUGCACCCCUCUAUGACCUUGGCUGGUAUAGACCAUCAGGACAGAUGUACUCCACAUCUGCUGAUAUGGCCAAACUGGCGAUGAUGCUGCUGGGCGCCUACUAUCGCCUGGUUCUACACCCCGACACCCUUAAAACCAUGUUGACUCCUUUAUUUCGCUGUGACCGGAGUUACUUUGCAAAUCAAACGGGAACACCUUGGGAGGUAAAUGAAUGGCUGGGAUAUGACAUCAUCCGCAAAGAUGGAGAUCUGGACGGUUAUUCAGCCACCAUCUCCCUUGUUCCACGUCUGAAGCUGGGUUUGGUCAUACUUAUGGCCGGUACCAAACCUGAGUAUGAGGACGUUGUCGAUAAGGCCUAUAGUUAUUUAAUCCCUGCCAUGAAAAGUGCCUUCAGAAAUGCACGCCAUGUUCUUAUCCCUCCUCCUGACCCUGUUCCCUACUUGGGCUAUUUUACCUACAGCAAUAUAACGUUCUAUGAGAUUAAAGCAGGCAUAGAUGGGGUGCUGUCUAUGGAGCAAUUCGGACCACAGGUAGACACCAUGGUUCCAAUGAAGUACAGAACUCUGAAGCUCAGUUAUUUGGAGAAAAGGGUGUUUAGGGUUGUGUUUGAGAAAGAAUACCCCUGUAAGAUGAAAGUUAACACUGCCUCUGUGUCUCUAGAGUCCCAAGAUGGGCAGCUUUUCAACUUUUACAUCUUUAACAAAAAGGGUCUCUCACCAGGUUUCGAUGUUCCAGGAUUAAACACCUACAAAGUAUCAAGGAUAUCUCAAAAACCUAUUUUUACUGUUUGAAGAAUUCAGUCCAUGUUUCGAGAGACACCUGCUAGGCUUCAGUAAAAAA